AUCUGAACCAGUGGCAGUGACAUAAAAUAUCUCUUCUUAUCGAUCGAACUCGCGUCUCAUUUCCCUCUCAUUCAUCAUCUUAGCUCGCUCCCGCGCUUCGCUUUAACACAGGUCAUGGCGGAGGAAGAAGUUGUGGCACCUGCUGCGAGCCCUGUUCCUUCUGAUAACAAACGCAAGUUCGAAGAUCUGGAGCCCGAAGCUACGCAACUUACUGAACAACUGCCUUCCGAAUCUAACGCCAACUCUGACGCUGACAACACUGAUGCGGCGGUUCCCGAUGAGGGUGAGAACAAGCGUCUUCGCCUCGACGACAACCAGAAUGACCUAGCUAAUUCAAACGGGCAUGAAGAUGAGCAGGAUGCUGAGCCCGAAAAAGAAACGGGGGAAAGAUCCACUUUGGAGAAUGAAAAUGAAAAUGAGAAUGAGAAUGAGAAUGAGAAUGAGAAUGUUCUUUCAGAGGAUGGUAAUCCUACAUCCAAAGAUCCUCCUGAGGCAACUGCUAAUGAACAAGCUUCUAGUGAAAUUGGUGAGCCAGCUGAGGCCAAACAACUUCCUAUUGAGGACUCUGGAAAGGAAAAUGCUGAGGAGCUAUCUAAAGAAACUCAAGAACCAUCUAAGGAGUCAACAGAGCAAGAUGAUGCUUCUGGAGAUAAGCAACCUCAUUCUGUUGAUAUCGCUUCGGACAAUGUGGAGUUUACCGAUAAUAAGCAAGAUGCUUCUUCUGAACAAAAGCAACCUACAUCUGGGGAUGAAAUGACAACACGGAAAAUUGAAGUUCCUAACAACAAGGUUGGUGUACUUAUUGGCAAGGCUGGAGAUACUAUAAGAUACCUGCAGUAUAAUUCCGGCGCAAAGAUUCAGAUCACGAGAGAUGCUGAUUCUGAUCCUCACUCUACAACAAGGGCUGUGGAACUAAUAGGAAGUUUGGAAAGUAUAGAAAAGGCAGAAAAGCUAAUGAGUGCUGUGAUUGCAGAGGCUGAUGCUGGGGGUUCUCCUUCACUUGUAGCUCGAGGUCUCUCCCCUGCUCAAGUUACUGUGGGAUCUGAACAAAUUCAGAUACAAGUUCCAAAUGAAAAGGUAGGAUUAAUCAUAGGGAGAGGUGGGGAAACAAUUAAAAGCCUGCAGACUAAAUCUGGGGCACGCAUCCAGGUAUUGAUACCUCAACAUCUUCCAGAAGGAGAUGAUUCUAAAGAAAGGACUGUCCAAGUUACUGGUGAUAAGAGGCAAAUUGAAGUUGCACAAGAAAUGAUAAAGGAAGUCAUGAGUCAGCCUGUCAGGCCAUCAACUGGUUUUGGCCAGCAGGCCUACCGCCCACCCCGUGGUUCUGGUGCCCCACCACAAUGGGGUCAACGAGGUUCUCAUUUUGGCCACCCGACAGCAUAUGAUUAUCAGCAUCGCGGGCCAUACCCUUCUCAUAAUCAACCAUAUGCAGCUCCAGCAUAUGGAAGCUAUCCUCAACAUAUGGCUCCAAGAAGCAGCUUUGGUUCUGGUUGGGAGCAAAGGCCUCACCACAGCUUCCAGGGACCAUCUCCACACAAUGGUGGUUAUGAUUAUUAUGGAGGACAAGGGGGUCAUUUAUCUGAUGCUCCACCAUCAACCCAGCAUCCCAGUUCAGUCCCCCAACAUGGUACUGGUCCUUCCCCUGUACCUUCUAUGGGCCCAUCCCCAACUCAGAUGAAUUACAAUUAUGGACAACCACAAGGCCAGGAUUAUAGUCAUCAGACACCUUAUACUCAGGCAGGAUUUCCUCAACAAGGUUAUGGACAAGGAUAUGAUGAAUCAAAGUUUGAAAACCGUGCUCCUGCUCAACAUCCCUAUGGAGGACAUAUAAGUUCUCAACCGACGUACCCUCAGGCUGGUGCUCAACCCAAUCUUGUUGCACCACAGCAGUAUGGCAAGCCACCAUUAUAUGGCAUGCCAUCACAGGGACAGCCUAUGCAAUCUUAUGGUCACCCGAGAGCUACUCAACCAGGGGAUGUGCCGUAUCAAGGUUCUACUCCUGCCCAAUCAUAUGGUAUGAAUAUGCAAACCCAACAGCCAUACCCAUAUGUGUCCUCUGGGCCAUCACAAGCAGCAUAUCCGACUUAUGGGUCUGCACCAGCUGCAGAUAGCUACAAUCACCCACAGCCUGCAUCUGGCCCACUUUAUGCCCAGCCUGGUGGACAACCCAGUUAUGGCCAGCCAGGUGCCCAGCCUGCUGCUAGUUAUGCACAAGUUGGUCAUACUGGUUAUGGAUCAUACCCAUCUUCUCAGCAAGCUUACCCUGAACAAACGGCUCCUAGCAAUGCAGUUUAUGGCUACCAAGCGCCCCAAGAUCCUAGUUACAGCAGCGGUGCUGCACAAGCGUAUAGCGCAACACCAAGUGGACAGCCAGGUUAUGUUCAACCGACGCCAACUCAAACCGGGUAUGAACAGUCUAACCCACAAUCAGCAGGUUAUGCAGCUGUACCUGCAAGUGCUCCAGCUGCGUAUGGCAAGACAUUGUCGCCUCAGCCUGCCUAUCCCCAAUAUGACUCCACCCAAGUUUAUGGUGCUUCUCGAUGAAGUUUUUUGUAUUGACAGCCAAUUUGUAGUAGUACUAGCAUGUUCUAGUUUAGUGGCCUCGUUCGGUGUAACUCGCAUUUGAUUUUCUUGUAAUAUCUACUGCUUUUAAUCAUAAAACA